GGAAAAUACAGUCGCAACUCUUGACUGCCGAUUCCCCAACGUUCCCACCUGGCCCAUAAUUCCUUUCCUCACUGUCUAACACAAAUCUUUUGACUUGAUUUGUUUCCAGGCUGCUCUUUUGAUCUCGUUGCUUCGAAACAGCCACGCGUCUCGUGCUCACUCGGAGCCCACAGGAACAUAACCCAACGCGCUUGUCUUCGAUAACGAUCCAAUACCGAAGAUGGGUGUUCUGGACGCUUUGGAAUGGUUGGAUGGAGGACUCUGGAGCUGUGCGAUACUAGAGACUCGAAGUGGCUCGCCAAGCUUUGAAGGGUUGGGUGGCAUUGAUACGAAUGAAGGGCCAGCAGGCUACGGAGGUGAGUUUCUCGUUACUGAUAUUCGUAGUGGCCAUCGCUGGGGUAGUCUGCUCGGCGAUCACUGGCGUGGUCUCGAAGCCCAUGAACGUCGGCGUCAGCGAAGUCAUUCCGACCAAAUUACACCGACGAUGUGUUCCCCUCGAUGGGCGCCUAUUUUGGUAGCGCGCUUGACGCUGUCUGUGUGGAAGUUUGAACGUACUUUUCGCGUACGAAUUCCCUAUGAGAUACCGUUAUGCUCUCCAAGAUGCCCAACGAAUCAUGUAAUAGUCAUGCACAUCGUCAAAAUAUCGAAUGUGACGUGUAGAGCACCCUGUUCGGGUCACGAUGAUACCUGAACAUGUUGUUUGCUCGUGACGGUAUUGAUCAAUCAAAAGAUACAUGGGACUUCAAUACGAAGAUGUGGUGAGUCCACCUCGCCUGGAAUCUGACUUCAG